CCUCCAAGUAUGAUUUUUUAAAGCAAACGACACCAACAAAAAACAAAAAAGGGAAGAAAACGAAUCGAGCGAAAGUAAUAGUUGUUUUUUAUUGUGAUUAAACUAGAAAGAAACAAACACAUAAAAUUACUACAAGAUUAUUAAUCAUGCAAGUUUGAAAAGAAGAAUGUGGCUGAAAAAACCAGUUUAGCAGUGGCAUUAGCACUUGUCAAAUAUUGCAGUUGUGAUAAAUACCGACAAGAAAAUAAUAAACAAGUGUAUGAGUAUAAUAUACAUAACAGUACAUGUAUGUAUGUAGCAGUGUUUGUAGAAGGAAUAUGAAAAAUUGGAGUGGUCUUUUCAAGCCGCUUUACAAGUUUGGCAUAUUGUUUUAAAAAACAUAUUUAUCAAUAAAAAUUGUGUGCAAAAUGUAAUUAUAACAGUAAAUGCAUAUAUACUUAACCUACUGCGCUAUUGAUUUUUAAAGGUCAAUGGGCAUCUUAUUGCCACCCGUCUCACAGGUUACCAACACUCGUAUCAAUUUAACACAACAUCACCGCAAUCGCAGUCUGGACAGCGCCUUGCAGCGUAUACCGGAGGUUGAAGUCUCCUCGCCUAAUUCAGAGAGCGAAAAUACGUUCUGCACACCAUCCAUUCUGGGCACGACUAUGUGCUCGAAAAUCGUCACGACUGCAGCCAAUGUAACAGCCGCCCUUACCACAACAACAACACCGGCGUUGACGUCAUCAUUAACACAUUCACCGCCAUCCUCUUCAUUAGCCACCCCAUCUAGAGUAUCAACCAUAACAGGUGGUUUAAUGGACUCAACGACGGCUGACCCAAUUGCAGCUAUGACCACAGAACCCACGGCAAGCAACAGCAGCAAUAACAUUAACAUUAACAACAUCAACAGCAGUAGUUAUGGUGGUGCCAAUGUGAUUGUUGAGUCCUGCCCAACAUUGCGUGUACGUCCCAAAUCGAGUGAGACAACCACACGUUGUGGAGCGGCGAUUGCAGGUGCAGCAUCGAGCAACAUCAACAACAAUAACAACACCAGCAGCAAUAAUAGCAACGGCAGCAGUAGUAGUAAGAAACGUGAGGAUCUCACCAGUCUCGGCUCUGAUGAUUCAGGCAUAAUUUGCGGUUCUGACUCGGAUCAAAUAUCUCUCAACCGCAUACGUCACUCUCACGAAUCGCUGGACUCGGGUGAAAUGGAUGCUGAAGAAGAAUGCAUUGAUAUGCUCGAGACGACCUCUAUGGAUGAGGAGUAUGGUAUGCUUCAAUCGGAUUUGAUUUUCUAUCAAUCGGCUGAUACAGACUGUCGUACGCUACGCCCAUCUCGCAAGCAAAAACAAAUGCAAAAGCAACAUAACCAAAGUAAACAGACACCGAGGGCGAUUGCCGAUGCAGAUAUAAUCGGUGGCUAUGGUGAUGGUAGUGACACAGAUAUCGAUGCUAAGGCAGCAGAACAGCUGUCUGAACGUAUGCGUUAUCGAGAAUUGAAUAUGUCGCAGGCUGCAUUAAAUUUGGAACGUUCCAGUAGUGGCACACCUACGGCUUUAGAUGUCGAUUUGUCCACACCGACUGCAGAUACAGUUGACUCAUCAACACCAACGGCCACACAACCAAACACACCAUCGACAUCAACACCGUCGACUUCAAUGCCAUCGACAGCAGCCACAACACCACAGCCAACGCAGACGGGUAAGGCACAGAAAAACUCGGAGGCGGGAAGUGCAAACGAAACCGCAAAGAAUGAUGUACUCUUUAAAAGUUUCUUUGGUGCCACCAAGAAUGCCAUUUUCCGUACCGCACAAAGUAUCAUAGAAAAUCACGAGAAGAAGAAUGCCGCAAAGAAUAAGAAUGAUGAAAACGCUGGCAGCAAUGGUGGUAGUGGUACCGCACCGGACCAAGUAAAAUCGCCCACAGAUAUUUCCAAGAAAAAGGAAUUUUUUAGUCUAAUCACGUCAAAUUCGAGUAAGAAGGCGGCCGCUGCUGCUGCAGCAGCUGCCGCAGCCGCCGCAUCUGCACAACAAUCUGCUUCCAAUACACCGGUUGCCACACCUUCGGCCGAAUCAACGCAGGUUGAGCUAAAAUUUCCGACAACAGCUUCAUCCAAUACUGAAGUUUCCGAGAAGAAAGCCAGUUCUGCCACGGAUGGCAUAGAGAAAACACUUAAUCUUCCACUACCCGGUCUCGGAGCUUCCUCCUUCUCAACUUCGAUUGCAAAAUCUUCUUCCAUCUCUUCGCUAAAUAAAUUAAAAGUGCCAGGUGUGGUAAAGUGCUUCAUUAAGGAGCGUCCGGCCAACAACGACAACUUGCAAAAGACUGAAAAAGGUCCCAGUGGACUGCUGAGAUUUUUCGAAUCUCCCGUCUUCAAUAUACAUUUUGCUAUCCACUAUCUAUUUUAUUCGAAAGAACCAGGUGUGCUCAGUUUUAUCGGCAAUAAGAUUUUCAGUUUUCCCGAUCAAGAAGUGGAUCUCUAUAUACCACAACUAAUCGUUAUGUAUAUUCAAAUGGAUGAAUUGGCAGAAGUUCUCGAUCCAUAUUUGACAAUCCGCUGUCGCAAGUCGGUUGACUUUUCAUUGAAAUGCCUUUGGCUGCUAGAGGCUUAUAAUUACCAAUUCGAUUCGUUGGGCAACGGAUCUCGUAAAUCACAGCUAGCACUUAUGAAGGAGAUCUUUUCAAAAAAGGAGCGUAAAAUAUUGAGUAAAUCCGACGGUAAAGAUAUUCCACCGGCUGGUCGCGGAGCUGUGGCUGUCGCAGCUGUUUCAGCAUUAACAAAAAAAACACAUCAUCGUUCACAAUCUGACGCCACACUUUUGUUAAGCGAUUCACGCCGCCACCCUUCAUCAAUCGCACUAAGCAUAUCAAAUCGUCACUACCAACAGCCGCCAUAUACAACGCAAACAUUACCAUUAACGCCAGCUAAAUUGUGUCUGGGUGAUCUGACGUCUGGAAGGGCAUUCGAUAAUGGGUGCACCUGCUUCGACAGUGUACGUGGACAGGUUAAUGGUCUUCUUGGUCAGAAAACCGUGUGCUCAUGCAAUGCACCGAAAACUGCGCCCGAGAAGGAGUUCAUGAAAGCACUCAUCAACGUUGGCAAAAAUAUCACAUCCCUGCCGUCUAAGGCGGAAAAAACCUCAGCGCUACGAAUGUUUUUGAACCUGAUCAAUAAGAAUCUGCCGGCACGAGUUUGGCUGCCGGUAUAUUCAGAUAUUCCACACCAUGUAGUGCGCAUAACAGAGGAAAAGACUGCGGUGCUCAACUCAAAGGACAAAACGCCGUACAUUAUUUACGUCGAGGUGCUUGAGGUGCCCGAUAUAUACUCAUCGCCGCUUAUUCCGAAAAUGAUGCCAUCACUGCGGCACACGAAGAGUGAAGAACACCUGGAAGGCACUUGUAGCCAUCACCAUCAAUUGCAUCAGCACACUCACAACCACGUGAGCUGUAGUCGCACGUCCAGUUGCAGUUCACAUGGUGGCGCUGCCAUCGCCACUGGCCCCAAUUGCCGUCUUAAAAAGGAGAAACUUUUGUCAGAGUCAUCGUCCGUGGCGUCCGAUGCUCAAACGUCUGCUACUGCUGGCGGUGAUGGCGGCCAUGUAUGCAAUUCGCAUACAAUGGGACUCUCAUUUGGGGGCCUACAUUUAACCGAAGAUGAUGUUUGGUCGCAAGAAGACGAUGAGAUCACAGCACAAUAUUUGCAUUUGCGGAAAUUGAGUGAACGAGAUGCCAUAUCGCAAAUGUCGCUAGACUCAUGUGACUCAAGGGAUCAAGGCAUACCUGUGCUAUUCAAUAUCGGCGAUGUACGCACUCGUCACUGUAAUAACUUAACCUGCGAAAACACGAAAUCCUUCAACAAUGAUCCAGAAGAUCCAUCAGCGGCAGCUUUGAAGGAGCCUUGGCAUGAAAAGGAGCAACAGAUACGUGAAUCAUCGCCUUAUGGGCACCUUUCAAACUGGCGUUUGUUGUCAGUUAUUGUGAAAUGUGGCGACGAUUUACGCCAAGAACUUAUGGCCACACAACUGCUACAGAUGUUCAAAAUCAUUUGGCAAGAGGAACAUGUAGAUCUCUGGGUGCGACCGUACAAAAUUGUUUGCUUAUCGAAUGACAGUGGUCUGAUCGAGCCAAUCCUUAAUACUGUAUCAUUGCAUCAAAUCAAAAAGAAUUCUAAUAAGUCGUUACGCGAUUACUUUAUCGAUGAAUAUGGCUCAUUAGAGGGUGAACGAUUCUGUGCCGCACAGAAGAAUUUUGUGCAAAGUUGUGCAGCCUACUGUCUGAUUUCAUAUUUAUUGCAAGUGAAAGAUCGGCAUAAUGGCAAUAUUUUACUGCAUUCAGAUGGACACAUUAUACAUAUUGACUUUGGUUUUAUACUCAGCAUAUCGCCGAAGAAUUUAGGUUUCGAGCAGUCACCUUUCAAACUGACACCCGAAUUCGUUGAUGUAAUGGGUGGCACUAGUUCGGAGCUUUGGAAAGAAUUCAAUCGUCUACUGCUUGUCGGCAUGAUGUCUGCACGCAAGCAUAUGGAUCGAAUUAUAAAUUUUGUGGAAAUAAUGCGUAGUAAUGCGCAAUUGCCUUGCUUCAAGAAUGGUUGCUCUGGCACCGUACAGAAUCUCCGAAAGCGAUUCCAUAUGAAUUUGACCGAACAGGAAAUGGAACGCAAAGUCGAACAACUUGUACAGGAUUCGCUAAAGAGCCUCUCAACAAAGUUAUACGAUGGCUAUCAGUACUACACGAAUGGUAUAUUGUGAGAAAGGUUUUUUAUGAAAAUUUAAAGCAAGACGACUGUGUAAACAAAAUUGCUGCACACCAACAGUACGACAAUGGAAGCAAGCGAAAAGUAUAAACCUACAUUCAUAAAUACCACACAAAAACCACAUAAAUGUAUGCCAACUAUGCGAAUUGUAUGUGUGUGUGUGGCAGUCGACGAUGACGAGGAUGGCGGCGACACCAAUAUCUAAGCCGGUGCUGCUGUACCUGUUGAAGUGUUUGUUGUUGUCUAAUUUCGUCUGUGUAUUAUGCGUAAUUUGUGUUGAUAGUUAUUUGUAAUUGAAAAACAAAAGAAAAUAUAGUACGAACUUGGUAAUCGCAACUAAUAGAAUAGACAUAGAGGCAUUGCAUUUAUUGAGGUUGUUACAACUAACGAAAAAAGAGUCGACCAAAAAAUGUAUCGAUGAAAACUCUGCUAUUAAACAAAAAUUUUACUUUUAUAUUAGAAAAUUAAUUUUUCGUGUGCAAUUUAUUGCAGCCUCCUCAGAAUUAGAAUACAAAGUUCAUAAAGAUUUGUAUUUAAGAGUUGCAAGAAUCAAGAAAAGGCUUAUUUUAAAAGUUGCUAUUACCGAGUACUUACUGUAUGUGUAUGUAGAUCCUUUUGACUGACAAAUUAACUGACUGAUUGACUGACUGUAGUUUUUUUUAGUAAUAUGUGAAUACAGAAAGAUUAUAAGUGCUAUUGCAUACGCCCACGAUGGACAAAUGCGAAGCGACUGUGCGAAUUUUCAGCACUUACAGUUGUUUCUUUACUACUGAACACAACUGCGCUGUUUUCUUUUUGAUUUUUCUCAGAUUCACAUAUACAUAUAGGAAAUAUUUAAAGCUAUAUAAAUAAUACAAUUAGUUUUUAGUGUACUAUCAUGUUUAUAUUGAAUGUAUUGUUGUGUAUUGCCUAAAUGGGAGUGAGUAUUGUGAUUAGUUUUUACCGCGCAUAACAGAGCACAGUUUGGAUAUUUGCAGAACAUAGAUGUAGAAUGUUUGUGUACUCGUAAGUCACUAAGUGGGCUAUGUGGGGGAAAAAUUAAUAACUAAAAAAAUGUAAUACAUUUCCAGCAGCGCUUAAUGUGAAGUGAAUAAAUUUGUAAUUUUACUCUAGUUAGGAUUUCUUCUUUUCUAGUAAGUACAUAUGUAAAUAUGUAUGUACAAAUGUUACAACAUACGAUAAUAAAUAAUAAAUACUAUUUUGCAAUUAUUUUUCUUUUGUAUGCACAGUUUUCCGCAUAAGCGGAGUAACGAAGAAAGGCGUACGAAGUGUAUGAAAGAACAAAUUUUAUAUGUUUUGUGGAGUGAAGAAUGUAUGAUUAAACACUCAGUAUAUUUGCAUAUACAUAUACCGAUUUAAAAUACGCUGAAAUACUUUAAAAUUCCUAAAUGCUAAAAUUUUAGUAUGAAAUAAUUUAAAGUUUUUAUUUUGCAGAAUAAUUAUUUCUACUUUCUUAAAAAUAUAUUCAAAAUGAAUAGAAAAUAAGGUUACUAAAUUUAAUUUGCGCCAAGGAAAAGCGUAAAGGAGUUAUGAUUGUUUGAAAGUUUUAAAACCUAUUGAAUACAAAGAAAUGCGUAACUGAAUUCCACUUGGAAUUCCGCUGGAACAAUUCUGUUUUAUAUCCAGUCAAGGACAGUGACCUUCAGCAAAUGCGACCAAUUUAUCAUUUAACAUUUUUUCGGCCUAAAAGUUCUUCAAAGUUGCCCUGCGCUCGUAUGACAUGUUAAAAGUGGCUUAUAUUAUUUUAAUGCAGUCUUGUAAUGCAAUACUUAAAAUUCAACAAAUGUACAAUAUUUCAGUCUAAUAUUAUUAUUAAUGAAUGGUGAGAUGCAGAUACAAUUUGAUAUACACCGGGCUUUGUUAAUUAAGCCUGAAUGCUUUUUCUUAAUAUUUUUGGCGAAGAAAGUUUUUUCUAAAUAAUUUUCGAAGAAAGCAAAAAAAAACAAACGAUAUGCUCUAAAGUCAAAAUUCCAACAUUUACAAGCGCUUUAUUUGAGCGGCCGCCGUAGCCGAAUGGGUUAGUGCGUGAUUACCAUUCGGAAUUUACAGAGAGAACGUCGGUUCGAAUCUCGGUGAAACACUAAAAUUAAGAAAAAUAUUUUUCUAAUAGCGGUCGCCCCACGGCAGGCAAUGGCAAACCUACGAGUGUAUUUCUGCCAUGAAAAUGCUCCUUAUAAAAAAAUAUCUGCCAUUCGGAGUCGGCUUGAAACUGUAGGUCCCCCCAUUUGUGGAACAACAUCAAGACGUACACCACAAAUAGGAGGAGGAGCUAUUUUAAUAGAUUUCUCAUUAAUUUAAAUUUGUACUCUUCUUUUUUUUACUUUUUGACUCGAAAAUUUUCCUAAAAUUAAACUAUUGAAUACCGACUAACAGCGAAUAUGUGGUUUUUUUAAAUAUAAAAAUUUUCCAAAAAUUAAACUACGAGGGCGGAUCAAUAAGUCCGUGACUUUUUGUAUUUCUGACCUCUUUACUGAAAAAGAAAUACUGCUCCUGUCAACAGGCAUCUGUCAGUUGACUCCUGUCAAAAUUUGAACGUGCUGCGUCAGUUAGUUUGUGUUUUACAGCUACCUAUAUCAGACUACCCAGUAAUUUGAGGAGAAAAUGGAAAAAACUGAAUUUCGUGUGCUUAUUAAGCCGAUUCACUCUUAGAAACCCACUGUUUCGACUGUUGUUUGGUCUCCGGUGUGUGGUGAUGGAUCCAUGUUUCGUCCACGGUUACAAAACGGCGCAAAAACUCCUCCAUAUUGCGAUUAAACAACUCCAAACCUUCCUGUGAAGUUGUUACACGAUUGCGUUUGUGGUCGACUGUGAAUAUAUAUGUGGGGAAAUGCUGCUGAAGUGACAGACCUUGGCCGGAUAUAAAUCCGGGUCGUUCCGGUAACGUAGAACCGAUUGUCGUGGUAACGGGGUCACAUCCUUUGGUCGGAUACGAACCGUAUUGUUUCCUUAGCUCAGUACCGACUGUCAUACGAACAUCGCUUGUUACGUAUUUUCAAUACGAUUAACUUGAAAUAUACAUAACCUUGUAUUUUAAGAUCUUUAGUUUAAGUAGUUAAGCGUAAUUUGUGUACAAUAAUUUAAUUAGUAAAAGACAUAAUACGAGAAAACUAUUUCUUCCACAUGUCCCAUUAAUUGACUUUAAAUAAAUAUCUAUCGGCGUUAAAUGUGUAUAUUUCAAUAUUUGCAUUCACACGCACAUGAACAGAAAAUGUAUGCGCAUUAAUAUUUAAUUUAAACAUUUUUAUAAAAAUGCUUAGCAGUGUUAAAACGUAUAACGAAUAUGUGAAAGAUUUUAUACAAAACUUGUUAAUAUCAAAAAAAAAAACAACGUUAAAUUAAAGAAGUAAUGGGGCUAUGAACUCCUCAAACAAAUAAACUUUUGUCAGAAAAAAAUUUGCACGCUAUUAAAUGUAAAGUAAUUUCAUUGUUGUACAGGUUUUUCACAUACAUCUAUUCCAUUAACUUUCACUAUCGUGUCUAUUUACAGCUCUAGCGGCUGCUUUUUUAUAUAGAGAAAAACAUAAAAAUAAAAAUUUCAUAACAUAAAUUAGGAAUAUGCGGAUAAGUAAACAUAAACAAAAUUAAUAAAUAGUUAAUAUACAUAUGUACAUAUAUACAUAUAUACAGAAAAACGUGUUUCACAGUUUGAAAUUUGAAUGCCCCUUCUUUUUAUAGUAUUAAAAACCUCGAACCUGUAAGCGCAUUUAAAGUGCCACCAGAAAAACAAAAACCAAUACAGAGGAGAUAAAACUACGGAACAAAAUAUGUAUAAAGAAGAUAUUGCAAAUGGAAUUUAGCAAUGAGCGUCUGAACUAAAAAGAUAAUACCGUGAAAAAUAAAUAACACGAAAUGUUUGUAAUUAAUAAGAAUGACUUCUUUUUCCUAUUGCAUAAAAAUUAUAUACAUACAUAUGCAUAUAUGUAAUAUA